AUGGGAAAGUUGCUCGGGAAGGGAGGCUUCGGGUCUGUCUACGCGGCCACUCGGAACGAAGAUGGGAAAGAAGUUGCCAUCAAAUUUACGAAGAAGGAUCACUUCAUCCAGCCCAUGAACAUUCCUGGAGUGAAGGGCAAGGUGCAUGCGGAGGUGGCACUGAUGAAGCUUGUGUCCGAAUCACCUCAGUGUAGCAAUAUUAUUGAGCUCCUGGAGUGGUUUGAAAUGCCAGAUCACAUCGCCUUGGUACUGGAGAGACCCAGCCCCUGUGUAGACAUCCAUGAAUUCGCUAAAAGUCAGGGAGGUUGUCUGACUGAAGAUCAGACAAGAGACAUCAUGCGGCAGGUGAUUCGAGCGGUUCAGCAUUGCUGUGACCGUAGAGUGCUACACCGUGACAUCAAAUCCCAGAAUCUGCUCAUCAACACCGACACUCUGGAAGUCAAACUGAUUGACUUCGGCUGUGGAGAAUUGCUGUUGGAUGUCCCAUACAGAAAGUUUGCAGGCACGCCUGCAUUCUCUCCUCCAGAGUGGGUGAUUUCCAACACGUAUAUGGGCAUUCCUGCUACCAUCUGGGGUCUGGGAAUUCUGUUGUUCAACCUGGUCUGCGGAGACUAUCCCUUUGAGUCCGAGAGCGACAUUGAAGAUGGACACCUGGAAUUCUCUCCUUAUGUGUCUCGAGAUUUCGUUGAUCUGGUGCUGUGGUGCCUGGAGCUCGAACCUGAUUUGAGGCCAUCUAUCGAGGACAUCAUCAACCACGAGUGGUUCACGGAGAGAGUUUAA